CUUACCCAUGUAUUUAGGGUCUGCAUGGUACAGUUGUUGUUACAAAGCCAGGCAAUAACUGUAAGUCGCUCUGGAUAAGAGCGUCUGCUAAAUGACUAAAAUGUAAAUGUAGGUGUGUAUUAACUAGCUUAUAUAAAUAGCCUAUUUUAGCUAGCUAUAAGACGGAGGAGGUAGCGCUGCUAUAACCAAAACGAGCAUUCCCCCCGGAAGUGGGUGGUGCAUGCUAAUAGUUUGAUGUUAACGUUAGUUAGCUAGCUACAUAGUAGCAGCAACAGCUGGUUGCUAGUUGAUUUUCUUGCCAAGCAAAGAGAAAACUGGCCAUUACUAUACCGGUUAUGGUUCGAUAUGACAAACAGCAACAUAUCUGGGUAACAUUAGCUAGCUAGCUAACGUUAAACACAAAACGUUUGGAGGGCUUAGUUUUGGUGUUUCCUGUGCCCUAUGAUCUAAAUCAGAUUUGCUGUCUGGAAAUAGGGGGCUAAAGGAGGAUGGCGGUGUGGAUCCAAGCCCAGCAGCUACAGGGGGAUGCUCUGCACCAGAUGCAGUCUCUCUACGGACAGCACUUCCCCAUAGAGGUGCGCCACUACCUAGCCCAGUGGAUCGAGGGGCAGCUCUGGGACUCUGUGGAGCUAGAGAACCCCCAGGAUGAGCUGAAGGCCAAGCGUCUGCUGGACGGCCUGGUGCAGGAGCUACAGAGGAAGGCCGAGCACCAGGUGGGGGAGGACGGCUUCCUGCUCAAGAUCAAACUGGGACACUACGCCAGCCAGCUCAAGAGCACGUAUGACCGCUGUCCUCUUGAGCUGGUGCGCUGCAUCAAACAUAUCCUCCACACGGAGCAGAGGCUGGUGCAGGAGGCCACCAAUGCCAUCGGGGGCGGCGGGGGUGGCGGGACCAUGGACAGCCUGUCCCAGAGGCACCAGCAGAUCAACCAGACGUUCGAGGAGCUGCGCGUGGCCACGCAGGAGACGGAGAACGAGCUGCGCAAGCUGCAGCACAACCAGGAGUAUUUCAUCAUUCAGUACCAGGAGAACCUGCGCAUCCAGGCCCAGUUGAGCAGUCUGUCGGCCGUGCCGGCGGAAGAGCGAGCCCAGAGGGAGACCAGCCUGCAGGCCAAGAGAGCCACCGUGGAGGCUUGGCUCACCAGGGAGGCCAACACACUGCAGAAAUACAGACUGGACCUGGCGGAGAAGCACCAGAAGACUCUGGGCCAGCUGAGGAAGCAGCAGACGCUGAUCCUGGAUGAGGAGCUGAUCCAGUGGAAGAGACGACAGCAGCUGGCUGGCAACGGGGGGCCCACUGAGGGGGGACUGGAUGUCUUGCAGUCCUGGUGUGAGAAGCUGGCGGACCUGAUCUGGCAGAACCGGCAGCAGAUCCGGCGGGCUGAACACCUGACCCAGCAGCUGCCUCUGCCUGGCCCAAUGGAGGAGCUGCUCACCAAGCUCAACUCUGACAUCACCGACAUCAUCUCCGCCCUCGUCACCAGUACGUUUAUAAUAGAGAAGCAGCCGCCCCAGGUGCUGAAGACCCAGACUAAGUUUGCGGCUACUGUGCGCUUACUGGUGGGCGGGAAGCUCAACGUGCACAUGAACCCCCCGCAGGUCAAGGCAGUCAUCGUCAGCGAGCAGCAGGCCAAGGCCCUGCUCAAGAAUGAGAGCACCCGCAAUGACAGCAGUGGAGAAAUUCUCAACAACAACUGUGUGAUGGAAUACCACCGGACCACAGGAACCCUCAGUGCCCACUUCAGGAACAUGUCCCUGAAGCGGAUCAAACGGUCGGACCGUCGCGGGGCUGAGUCAGUCACAGAGGAGAAGUUCACAGUCAUGUUUGAGUCCCAGUUCAGCGUGGGGGGCAACGAGCUGGUGUUCCAUGUCAAGACAUUAUCUCUCCCUGUGGUGGUGAUAGUUCACGGUAGUCAAGACAACAACGCCACGGCAACGGUCCUGUGGGACAAUGCUUUUGCAGAGCCGGGCAGGGUGCCAUUCAUAGUGCCUGACAAGGUGCUGUGGCCCCAGCUGUGUGAGGCCCUGGACAUGAAAUACAAGGCAGAGAUGCACAGUGCCCGCGGCCUCUCCGACGACAACCUGGUCUUCCUGGCCCAGAAGGCCUUCAGCAGCGGCAGCAUAAACCCAGACGACUACCGCAACAUGACCAUGUCCUGGGCCCAGUUCAACCGGGAGAGCUUGCCUGGGAGGAACUUCACCUUCUGGCAGUGGUUUGAUGGAGUCAUGGAGCUCAUGAAGAAACACCUGAAGCCCCACUGGAAUGACGGGGCGAUCAUGGGCUUUGUGAACAAACAGCAGGCCCAGGACAUGCUGAUGUCCAAGCCCAACGGGACCUUCCUGCUCCGCUUCAGUGACUCUGAGAUCGGGGGCAUCACCAUCGCCUGGGUGGCAGAGAACCCCAACAAAGCAGGGGAGAGGCUGGUGUGGAACCUCAUGCCGUACACAACCAAAGACUUUUCCAUCCGCUCACUAGCCGACCGCAUCAGUGACCUCAACCACCUCAUGUUCCUCUAUCCCGACCGGCCCAAGGACGAGGUCUUCUCCAAGUACUACACCCCUCCUCUCUCAAAAGCAGUGGAUGGCUACGUCAAACCGCAGAUCAAGCAGGUUGUGCCAGAAUUCACUACUCCCAACCCUGAGCCGUCCAGUGGGAACCCCACCUACAUGGACCAGGCACCCUCCCCGUCAGUAGCUCACCCCAACAACUUUGCAAUUUUCCCUCCCAUCAGAAGUGACCCCAUGAUGGACGCAGAUGGAGAGUUUGACCUGGAAGACACCAUGGAUGUGGCCCGACACGUGGAGGAGCUCCUGCGGCGGCCCAUGGCCAACCAGUGGGACGGCCAACAGUCCUGAACUUUCACCUUUGACCCCUGCACCCCAACAAGAGCAAGCACCCAGAAAACAUCCAAUGGUUUUGAUUCCAUUGGUUUAUUGUCUAUUUUUGUCAAUUCCCAAAUGUGAAAUGUAAGUAAUAUUUGAGCUAUUGGAUUCUUCUCUGAUCUUCUUGACGUGGCAAUUGAUUAUAUAAAAAAAAAAAAACCUGUUGAAGAAAAAGCACAGUAGGAAAGGUUUGUUUGGAAGUAAGUACUGAGAAAAAUGUAGGAAGGUGUGUUACUAUAUACAGCUAUCUUUUUACAAAAAUGUUUAGCUAUGCUGCUUAUGGCCAUACUCUGAGAAUGUUUAAAGAACAGGAAGGCCCGCACACUGUUUAUGAUCCCAAUUCACCGCUUUAUUGACAACAUUUAGAUCCAAACCGGAUCUUCGUCAGGUCAAAUAGACGGAGUGCUCACAUCCCAAAAUGUACACAUUUCACCUCACAUGACCAUGACACAUGGUGGGUGUGGAAACAAUUCAAUUAACUUUUGCUCAUAGUUAAUCAGAGGUACAUAUGGUCAUAAAGGAUUAUAUACAUACAAAUCGGGCUGAGUUAAAACCUAGGCAACAGUAAAAAAGAUCACGUUGGCAUAUGUCCAUUACGCACAGGAGGCGCGGUGGCCAUAGAUAUAAUUACAGUGACCUAUUUCAAAACCAAUUGUGUACCUCCUAAUAAUUAGAUAUAAAUGAGAUGGGCACAUGUAGCAGUCACAGAAAAUAUAAUAUAUACAGUACCAGUCAAAAGUGUGGACACACUUACUCA